AACAACCACAAUUAUGGAGGGAAAACGUUUUAACUUCAAUAUUUCACUCGGUAAAAUCAUUCUUGUAUUUAUUUUACUCGAUCGGACUUGAAGAAUUCUCGAGAAAAAGCGCGGGAAAAUUAAAUUUUUAUGAUUAUUUGAUGGUAUCUAAAGUCGAUAAAAAAGACCAAAUUAUUUUAGGAAAUCAGCUGUUUGUCACAUUGUUUUGAAUAGAAACAAUAACACGUUUAAAAACAAUGUCUCUAAAAAAAUUCAUACAUCCAAGAAAUAAGUACAAAGUACCGCCGAAUUUUAAACAACUUGCUGAUCUUUAUCCUGAAUUUCAACAACAUGUAUCUGUAAAUUUAUCAGGAAAGUUGCAGUUCAAUUUUAAUAACAGAGAAAGUCUUGCUGUGUUGACAAAAACUUUGCUGAAGCAUGACUUUGAUCUUGAUGUCAAUAUUCCGACAGAGAAACUCGUACCAGCUUUGACACUUCGUCUUAAUUAUAUUUUAUGGAUUGAAGAUUUAAUGAAUUUUUCUGGAAUUAGUCAAGUAUCUGGAAUAGAUAUUGGUACUGGAGCUAUUGGAAUUUAUUCAUUGCUCUGUGCUAAAAUAAAUAAUUGGAAAAUGAUUGGUACAGAUAUUGAUGCACUGAGUGUAUCAUCAGCUGUUGAAAAUAUCCAACGAAAUAAGUUAGAUCACUUGAUAAAAGUGAUUAGAGUUCAAAAUAAUGUUUUAUUAAAAGGUAUAAUGACAGAUGAAGAAUCAUACUCUUUUACAAUGUGUAAUCCUCCGUUUUUUGAUGAUGACAAUACUGAGAAAAAAGAAAAACGCUUACCACCAACAAAUGCCAAAACAGGACACGAUAUUGAAUUAUCUGUUACUGGUGGUGAGAAAUUUUUUGUUUCUCAAAUGAUUGACGCGAGUAUUGAACUGAAGGAAAAAAUAAAAAUAUAUACAACAAUGUUGGGUCAAAAGAGUAGCUUAGCAUACUGUAAAUCUGAAUUGAGAAAAAAAAAUAUUUAUAAUUUUACGUGGACUGAAUUUUGUCAGGGUAAUACUAAAAGAUGGGGUCUAGCUUGGUCUCUGAUACCCAAAGAUGAAUUAGAUUUAUCAAAAGCUCCAGUUAUAAGAAUGAAAGAGUCUAACACUGAUAAAUCAAAAGAUUAUUUUUCUACGGAAUUGUUGUUUCCUUUUAACAAUAAAUUUAAAACUAUAAAUGACGUAACAACUGGACUGAAACAGUGGAUUAAUGAGUUACAAAUUGAAAUAAAGGAAUUGAAGUUGGAAGAUUUUAAUGGUUCCAUGUAUGAAUUAUGUGCUUAUAAAAAUAAUUGGGUCCAUGCCAGAAGAAAACGACGUAUGGAAAUGCAAUUAAAUUCAGUUGAGUACAAACGACCACGUGUUGAUGAUAAAGAUCAACCUUCCACAGCGAAUGAUUUUCAGGAAUCUUCAACAAUUGAUUCAACGAAAUCUGAUAAUAAAAUUUAUCUUAAAUUCAAUCUUGCCGUUAGCAAUUCACUUAAUGAGGAUGAUAGUGAUAAUAAUAAUGGUGUUAAAAUUUCAAUGAUUUUAAAUGAAGGCGAGGGUGGAAAAAAUGCUUUGGAGUCUUUUAAACAGUGUUUACUUAAUAAAUUUAGUAUACGAGAAUUUCAAAAACAAAAUAAACAAAUUGUUAAAAAAUUACCAAAGAAAAGAAAAAAAAAUUAAAUAGACGAAUUAGUAAAUAAUAACAAUAAAUUGUGUUUUUUUUUUAUGUUGUAUACAAAAUGAUGGUUUAUUUAACUUAUUUGAAUGUUUGGUUUUUUUUCUUUCUUUCUUUUCAAUAUCAAAUUAUACAACAAAUAGUUAACAAAUCAUACAUGUAUUUAACUUUUAUAAUUAUUUAUUCCUUAUUGUUUAAUAUUUGUUUUUUUAUUAUUAUUAUUAUAUAUCUCUACCAACAAAAUAAUUUAUUGCUCGAUGCAACAGUAUUAGAUACGCUUCUAUGUAAGAAAAAUCACGGGAAUCAAGCAAACAAUGAUUAUGUAUUUUUUUUUACUUAUUCAAACUUAAAAAAAAAAAAAAAUAAAACAAUCGAGUUCAAGUUUUGUUCUACGGCAUUAAAAUUCGACAGCAGAAAAAAAAUUAAAAUUAAUAAUAAAAAAAACUUGAUAAUUUUACAUCCUAUAAGCAUUUCUAAAGUAUAUCGUUUUCUUUCAUGUACGUUAACUUAUGAUGUAAUCUAUAUAAUCAAAUGACAAUUUAUAUCGCAAUCCUAAUUUUAUCAUACUAAUCACUCAUGCUUCCAUUAUAAAUCUAAACGUAACAAUACAAUUAACGGCACAGAAGAUUUGUUUUAUUAAUUUUUAAUCGUUUUACGUAAAAGGUGCUUGAUACGUCAUUGAUUUGGAAGCACUUACAAUGAAAUAUUUAAAAUUGGUAUAUUUUUAGUUUAUAAAAAAAAAAAAAUAACUAUUCAACUAAGCACCCAUGUUUUCAACAGAUUAGAAAUAAACAUGCGUAAAAUAAUAAUAAAUCAUCAACCACACGUUAAAAAAAAAUAAUAGUAAUAAACAUACUUGCAGCGUUUACUCGUUCAUUAUUGUUUUAUUAAUUAUUAGUUAGAUUAUAUAUUAUCUAAUCAAUUGAACACGUUGUUUUAUUUGAAUAGUGAACGCCAAUAGAUCAACAGUUAUAAACAUACUCAAUAUGCAAUGCAUAGUGACUAUUUUUUCUUCCUCUGUCUUACGAGACACAGGUUCAGUGGCACGACUCGUUUUUAAUUAUAUAAUAAAAGCAAUAACAAAAACAUUCUAAAAAAUAAUUCAUGUUUAACAGAAACAAAUAAUCUAUUUAAAUGCUACGAAAAAAAAUAUAUAUAUAUAUUCGCAGCAUGCAUGUUAAGUUUUUUUUUUAAAUGUCCAAUAAUCUCAUUUUGAAUGACGAUAACAUGAACUAACAUUUUUUGUUCAUCGAAAAAUUAUUUACAAAGUCAAUAACUACAAGUAUUAGGAUAAAAAGUAAUAAAGAUACUUCCUAUCUUUCAGCCGCAUUUUUUAAAUUCAAAUUUUAAAAUCUUAUGUGCCACCUUAAUUAUUAUUAUUAUUUUAUAAAUCUCGCUGUAAUAUUGAGGAGCUAAUCUUUGGCUUUCAUCACCUGUUCUUAUUAGCUCGAUGAGCAAAAUUCAUAAGUAAAAUAAUUAUUAUCGAUAAUUGUAAUUGUAAUAAUAAUAAUAAAAUAUUAUCGUAGUACGGUAAUUAUAACAACGUUGUAUAUACUGGUAUAUGUAAUAGAAAAGAAAAGAA